GGCACCAGACAACGAAAGGAGAGAAAGAAAACAGUCUCCUUCAGCAGCAUGCCAACUGAAAAGAAGAUCAGUAGUGCCAGUGAUUGUAUCAAUUCAAUGAUUGAAGGCUCUGAACUUAAAAAAAUUCGCUCAAAUUCCAGAGUCUAUCACCGCUAUUUUCUUUUGGAUGCAGAUAUGCAAUCUCUUCGAUGGGAUCCUUCAAAGAAAGAAUCAGAUAAAGCAAAAAUCGACAUAACUUCAAUCAAAGAAGUUCGAACAGGAAAAAAUACAGAAAUGUUUCGCACCAAUGCUAUUUAUGAUCAUAUUUCAGAAGACAGUGCAUUUUCAAUAAUUUAUGGAGAAAGCUAUGAGACAUUAGACCUUGUAGCUAAUUCUGCAGAUGUAGCAAAUAUUUGGGUUACAGGCCUACGGUAUCUGAUCUCCUAUGGGAAACACACAUUAGACAUGAUAGAGAGCAGUCACAAUAACAUGCGGACAUCAUGGCUUUCAAGUGUUUUUGCUGCAGCUGAUACAAAAGGUGUAGGACAUAUACCAUUUAACAAAGCUGUACAGCUUGUUAAGAAUCUGAACUCGGGACUGAAAAAUGCCAAAAUCGAAUUGAAGUUCAAAGAAUUGCACAAAGCAAAAGAAAAAGUAGGAACUGAUGUUAUCAAAGAGGAACUUAUAGAAGUUUAUCAUGAGCUUUGCACGAGACCAGAAAUAUAUUUUUUGUUAGUCCAAUUUUCAAGCAAUAAAGAAUUUCUAGAUUCCAAGGACCUGAUGAUGUUUUUGGAAGCUGAGCAGGGAAUGCCACAUGUUACAGAACAAGUGAGCAUGAACAUCAUUCAGAAAUAUGAGCCAUCAAGAGAAGGACAGGAAAGAGGUUGGCUUUCCUUGGAUGGUUUUACCAAGUACCUCAUUUCACCUGAAUGCCAUAUAUUUGAUCCAGAGCACAAGAAAGUUUGUCAGGACAUGACACAACCAGUGUCUCAUUAUUACAUAAAUGCAUCACAUAACACCUACUUGAUUGAGGAUCAGUUCCAAGGCCCCUCAGAUAUCACAGGAUAUAUUCGUGCUCUGAAAAUGGGGUGUCGAAGUAUUGAGGUGGAUGCAUGGGAUGGUGCCGACAAUGAACCAGUCAUCUAUACAGGUCAUACUAUGACAUCACAGAUUGUCUUCCGCCAGGUCAUUGACGUAAUUAACAAAUAUGCUUUUGUUGCAUCGGAAUACCCUUUGAUUUUGUGUUUAGAAAAUCACUGUUCAUUAAAACAGCAGAAGGUGAUGAUUCAACAUAUGAAACAAACUUUUGGAGACAAACUGUACACAAAACCCCCCUCUGUUGAUGACAGUUACCUACCUUCCCCUGAAGUCCUUAAGAAGAAAAUUUUGCUAAAGGCAAAAAAACUGCCAGCAAAUUUCACUGGCUCUGCAGGUGAUAUUACAGAUGAAGAUGAAGGUGCAGAAAUGGCAAAAAGGGAGUCAAAUGAGAAUACAGACCAGCAGAACAUAGUUCCAAACAGAAAAUUUAAGCUUUGCAAAGAACUCUCAGACAUGGUGACUCUUUGUAAAUCUGUACUGUUUAAAGACUUUACAGACUCACUUCAAAAUCAGAAAUUUUGGGAAUUCUGCUCAUUCAAUGAAGUAACUGCUACUAAACUUGCCAACGAAUACCCAAAGGACUUUGUAAAUUACAAUAAGCGUUUCCUGGCCAGAAUAUAUCCAAAUCCAAUGAGAAUAGAUUCAAGCAACAUGAAUCCUCAGGACUUUUGGAAAUGUGGCUGCCAAGUAGUGGCAAUGAAUUACCAGACGCCUGGUCUAAUGAUGGACCUUAACAUUGGUUGGUUCCGUCAGAAUGGGAAUUGUGGAUACGUGCUUCGUCCUGCCAUUAUGAGAGAAGAAGUUUCUUAUUUCAGUGCCAAUACUAAAGAUUCAGUGCCAGGUGUUUCUCCUCAACUCCUCCACAUCAAAAUCAUUAGUGGCCAAAAUUUUCCAAAGCCUAAAGGCUCAGGUUCUAAAGGUGAUGUAGUAGAUCCCUAUGUGUAUGUGGAGAUCCACGGAAUACCUGCAGACUGUGCUGAACAAAGAACUAAAACGGUUAACCAAAAUGGAGAGAACCCCAUUUUUGAUGAGAGUUUUGAAUUCCAGAUUAACCUCCCCGAGUUGGCAAUGGUGCGAUUUGUGGUUCUCGAUGAUGACUACAUUGGAGAUGAGUUUAUUGCUCAGUAUACGAUUCCUUUUGAAUGCUUACAACCAGGAUACAGACAUGUGCCACUUCAGUCGCUGACGGGUGAAACUCUAUCAUAUGCCUCAUUAUUCGUACAUGUGGCAAUCACUAACAGGAGAGGUGGAGGAAAACCUCACAAACGUGGCCUUUCUGUGAGAAAAGCUAAAAGGUCAAGAGAGUAUGCUAGCAUGAGAACAAUCUUGAUAAAAUCUAUAGAUGAAAUAUUCAAGACUGUUGUUCAACAACUAAAGGAAGCAACUGAUCUUCGAGAAAAUGUGCAGCAUGUUCAGAGACGUAUUACACACCUCUAGAACAGUUGGAUUUG